AUGGCGUGGAACUUGGACACGGACGAACUCGGAUUCCAGGUCAGCGUGAAGGGCGUGUCGGAAGCGAUUCUCAGUGGGAAAAAAAAACCAACUAAGCGUCAAUUUUUGAGCGUUAUAAUGUCCGUAUAUGACCCACUGGGAUUGCUCACGCCAGUCACGCUGAGUUCGCGGAUUGUGAUGCAAGCCGUGUGGCGCAGUGGUGUGAAAUGGGAUGAAAAACUCCGGGACGAGGAACAUGACAUCUGGAAAAAUUGGUUGAAAGCGCUUGAAGCCGCACGGAAUUACCGCGUACCGCGUUGUCUCGAACCUAGAACGCGAUCAUACACUCACGUAGAAUUACAUGUAUUUUGCGAUGCGAGCCUGGAAGCGUACGCAGCCAUGGCGUACGCACGCUUUAUAGAUAAAGACACAGUGGUCGGGAUAUCACUCAUCAUGUCGAGAGCCCGCGUGGCACCCCUCAAACCUUUGACCAUUCCGCGUUUGGAGUUGCAAGCGGCAUUGCUCGGCGCGAGACUGCGCGAUACGUUAAUAAAAGAAUUAGACUUUGACUUCAGCCGUAAAGUACUGUGGUCCGACUCCACGACGGUAUUGCACUGGAUCAGAAACGAGCCUUGCACAAAACAGACGUACGUCGCACAUAGAUUGGGCGAAAUAGGGGAUUUAACGCGAGCAAACGAGUGGAGAUGGUUGCCGUCCAGGGCCAAUCCGGCUGAUAAAAUCACACGGUGGACGUGGAGUAACGAGGAGUCACUGGCCCAAUGGGCCACGGUACCGGCAUUAUUAUACCAAUCGGAACAAUCGUGGCCGGUCGAGAAGGCAUUGAGCGCGAACGCCAAGGACGAGGCAGACCGUAUUGAGAAACGCCCAGCCCUCGUGUUCCAUGCAAAUUUGGAGGAAUUACCACUCACAACGGUUAGACGAGCAUUGGGGUGGAAGCCGUCUGGCGGGAUUUAG